AUGGCGAAUGCUUUAGCAACGAUUAUUCUUCUUCUGACUCUUCUCUGUCGAUCAGCCACGGCAGCGAGAACAAAACCAUUUUCACUCAGAAAUCAGCGGCCCCAGUCCAGCUUGGACGCAGUUGCAGAUGAUAAUGGUAUUUGCCAAUUAAUGGUGGAGCCCCAAAACUAUGGCUGUGAAGAACAUACUGUAACAACACAGGAUGGUUAUAUCCUGAGCUUGCAGAGAAUUAUGGCGGGACAAUCAGGCGGAACAACUGGCGACAGGCCUCCUGUAAUGUUACAGCACGGGGUCUUCAUGGACGGAAAAACGUGGCUGCUAUUGCCGGCGGACAAAUCGCUGGCGUUCCUCUUAGCAGAUAAUAAUUUUGAUGUGUGGAUCGCUAACACCCGUGGAACCAAAUAUAGCCGUGGACACACGUCACUUAGUCCUAAUGAUGCGGCUUACUGGGAUUGGACAUGGGAUACUUUGGUGUCUUCUGAUCUUCCUGCUGUGUUCAACUACGUGUACGAUCAAACAGGGCAGAGACUGCACUAUGUUGGCCACUCCCAGGGGACCUUGAUGGCUCUAGCCGCCUUCUCCAAGGAACGACUUUUGGACAUGUUAAGAUCGGCCGUUUUACUUAGUCCGAUCGCCUAUGUUGGUCAGAUGACCUCUCCACUUGCAAGAAGUGCGGCAGAAAACUUCCUAGCUGAGGCUCUUUACUGGUUGGGCGUCGAUGAAUUUGAUCCGAGAGGUGAAGCGGUAGUGAAGCUGCUGCAAGAUAUUUGCCAGAAAACCGGAGUUGACUGCACUCACAUGUUGACCUCUUUCACAGGCCCAAACUGCUGUCUGAACUCCACCAUAGUACAUGUCUUUCUGGACCAUGAGCCUCAACCCACAUCGACGAAGAAUUUGAUCCAUCUGGCUCAGAUGGUUAGAGAUGGAAAAAUCUUGAUGUAUGACUAUGGCGACACAGGCCAGAACAUGGAGCACUAUGGGCAGGCGAUGCCUCCCCUGUACAAUAUGUCGAGCAUUCCGAAUGAUCUGCCCCUCUUCUUGAGCUAUGGCGGGGCCGACGCUCUGUCGGACGUGCGCGACGUGAAGCUAUUGCUCGACAGCCUCAAGGACCAUGACGGGGACAAGCUAGUGAUUCAAUAUAGAGAGUACUACGCUCACGCGGACUUCGUAAUGGGAGAGAAUGCUAAAGAAGUGGUGUAUGAUCCUCUGCUGGCCUUUCUCAGGCUGCAAUGAGGAUGUACUUUUAGGAAAGCCCGUUCUUCAAAGAUUCUUUUUGGUAGAAACUUGUGAUUGUAAUGUUGUAAAAAGGAACUACGUAACUUUAAUGACAAUGGGAAUGUUUAUAGAAAAUUAUAGAUUCUUCA